GUCAGUUUGACACCCACCGACCCUCGGUGAAGAUGAUAUGUUUUUGCGUUUAUUCCAACGAUUACUUGGUCGGUUGACUUUCUAAGAGAGAAAUCAAAACUAAAAAAGAAAAAGAAAAAAAAGCCAAACCGGAGAUGGACAUCAACCAGCUACCGGCGGAGUGCAUUUCUUCCAUUUUGGCCUUCACAUCACCGAAGGACGCUUGCAGAUCCGCCGUCGUGUCGCCGGCUUUCAAAUACGCCGCCGAUUCCGACGCUCUUUGGACCACUUUUCUGCCGUCCGAUUACCGGCAGAUUAUUUCUCAGGCUUCGUCUUCAUCUACGUCGUCGUUUCUGGAUUCCUUGCCCAAAAAGGAUCUCUACUUCCAUCUCUGCGAUCAUUUGCUUUUCAUUGGCUCUGGAAAUUCGAGUUUUGUGUUGGAGAAAGAGAGUGGGAGGAAAUGUUAUAUGAUAGGAGCAAGAGAUCUGGACAUUAUUUGGGGGAAUUCACCCCAAUAUUGGACUUGGAAAUCCUUUCCUACAUCAAGGUAUCCUGAAGUUGCUGGGUUACAAGUGGUGUGGUGGCCUUGAAAUCAAAGGGAAAAUAGAGGCCAGAAGUUUAAGUCCCAAAACCAAAUAUGCAGCUUAUUUUGUGUUCAAGCUAGUGGGAGACCGUUACAGCCGCCAUGGGUUUCAAAUAAGACCUGUUUCUUUAGAAGUUCAUUUUGAAGGGGCAGAGGUUGAAGAAAAUGGAACGAAAAGGGUAAUAUUAGACCCUCCGGAAGGAUCUCUUGUAGUUUGUGAAGAAAGAAGUGAUGGAUGGAUGGAGGUUGAAAUGGGUGAAAUCUUCAAUGAAUUAGGAGACGAUGGCACAAUUAUUUUCCAUUUGAAGCAGAUUGAUAACUUUAUAAGCAAAGGUGGGUUAAUUGUCGAAGGAAUUGACAUUAGAGACCUAAAUAUGAUUAAUAAUAGUUUGAUAUUAUUGCAUGAGAAACUAUUUUUAAUUUAGUUUCCAUUGUUGUUGUAACCGAAUUACUAGAAAGAGAUUGAAUGAUUGAUAAACCAUAUGUAUAAGUAUGUACUUUAAUUCGUUAAAUUAUGAUAAUUUGAGUUUGUAUAGGUUUAUUUGUUA